AUGCAAUUCAACACUUUUUUCCUGCUCUCAAUUGUCAGCACGAUCAUCGGUCUUCAAACAGUUAUGGCCGUUCCCACCUUUGGGUUACUCCGUCAUGGAGGAGGUUAUGGAGGAGGUUAUGGGCGAGGUUACGGUGGAGGUUACGGUGGAGGUUACGGUGGAGGCUAUGGCGGAGGCUAUGGCGGAGGCUACGGUGGAGGCUACGGUGGAGGCUAUGGCGGAGGAUAUGGUGGAGGCUAUGGAGGAGGUUAUGGCGGAGGAUAUGGUGGAGGUUAUGGCGGAGGUUAUGGUGGAGGUUACGGCGGAGGUUAUGGUGGAGGUAUUGGUCUAGGCGGUUGGAAUUGGAGUAGGACUAGGAAUUGGAAUCUAGCCGUCCAGGGCUUUCCUCAUUCCUUUCUUCUUCUCUCACUUACCUUAGCGCUCUUACCCACAUACCUAGAACUCGCCCUACUGCCCCACUAA